AUCGCCCGUGCAUUGUUUACUUUACAAGAGUUUAGUUACAAUAAGUGCGAGCGUUUCACCUCGUUCUAGUUUAGUAUUGCAACAGGUGCAGGCUGGUUUGGUUAGUUUAGUUUGUCUGAGAAUGAAGGUACCGAAGAUGAACAAUCCAUUGCUGAUCAUUUUACCUUUCCUGCUCAGUGUACAAUUGGCCUCAUCAACUUGUCGCCAUGAAAACAAUUUUGGCGUCUACUUCAUUUACUGCGACCAAAUAACUGCUUUAGAAGAAAUAGAAACCCCUCUCUCUAAUUUGACGAUGAUCCGGAUUUUUAUUAGCAACAGCAGCAUCACCUUAACAAAAUCGCAGAGUCUACUAGGAAAACGUCUCAAAGAAUUAGACAUAGCAAAGAGCGUGAUUUCUGAAAUUCAGCGCGAUUUCGUAGAUGAUUUUCCAGAAUUAAAUCGGAUCACAAUUCGCGAUUGUAAAAUGGGAACCGUCGAAGCUCUUUCGAAUUUGACACCAUUGUACAGCCUCAUCUUGGAACGUAACCAAAUUUCAUCGCUACCGCAAGACUUUGUGGCCGAAUUGAGGAGGCUCAACAUAUUGGUUUUGGUACAUUCAGCAGUCGAUCUAUCCGAGUACAUGUUUCGUGAUGUUCCUCUAACGCAUUUGCACCUAAGCGGUAAUGGUAUUACGAGCAUUAACCCUUACAGCUUUGCCACACUGAGAAACUUGGAGGAGCUGAAAUUGGACAACAACAGUAUAACAGUAUUGCCCGCAAACGUAUUUCAAGAUCUUGAAAGACUAAGAGUACUAAAUCUCAAUGGAAAUCAUCUCCGAAGCGUCGACAGGGCUGCUUUCAGUGGUCUAAGAAACCUCAACGAGUUAAUUUUGUCGAACAACUACUUGGUGCGUAUUGAAAGUGAUUGGUUUGUUGAGCUUCCCUCAAUAACCACCCUAGAUUUAAAUUCUAACAGAAUAAAAAGCCUACUUCUAAACGUUCCUACUCUCAAAUCGCUGCAACUCUCUCAUAAUCAACUAACUAUCUUAGAAGAUGACGCUCUUCUGGACGUUCCUAAUCUGAAACUUCUCGAUCUCUCCAAUAACGGUUUAACUCACGUUACAAAAGAUGCGUUUAAGAACUCGCCCCAAUUAGAAGAACUCACCUUGGAAUCUAACAACGUUUCCCAACUAACUUCCGAUAUUUUCAAACAUUUCUCAAACCUGACCUCACUCAUCUUGAGCAGCAAUAAGAUAACCAACUUAUCGGCAAUUGGGCUUGACCACCUUCAACAUUUACAAUCGCUUAAUUUGUCAAAUAACAACCUCGGCGCGUUACCAACGCCAGCACCGCUUCAUCAACUGCGCUCCCUUCAAGUGCUCGAUCUACACAACACGCGUUUAACAACAAUCCAACCGUCCAUGUUUGCCGGCCUCGAAAACUUGAAAAGUUUAAACUUAUCCGGCAAUAAACUGCCGAAAAUUACGCAAGGCACUUUCGCGGAGGCAAAGGGUUUAAAUACAUUAAACUUGGGAAAUACUACCGUGAAAAAGUUCCAUGUUAAUGCACUUUCCGAGUUGCAGCAGCUUAAGGUGCUCAAUUUGGAAUAUAAUAAAUUUACGGAGCUACCGGUCGGAAUAUUCGCGAAUAUGAGACUGAAUUAUUUAUCGUUGAAGGGGAAUAAAGUGAAACGGUUAGCUGGAGAGGUUUUUGCUAAUCAAACCGAAAUGGAGGAGCUCGAUUUGAGCGAUACGAACGUCGAGCAAUUGGAGUUUGUGGAGGUAAUGGGCAACUUAAGGUAUUUGCUACUGAAGAAUACGAGGUACGGAGACAGGAAGGUUAUACGAUUCAAGAAUCACACAUUUCUGAAGAUUAAUGAAGAUUAUUGGGAUUCUUGGUGUCCUUAUUUUAUUCUCGAGUGUAGAGAAGUAUAAACUUUAUGACGUAUGUAAUAUUUUAACAUUUAAACAAUGUACAUUUUGUAGCCGGUUAUAAGAAAUAAAGCAUUUCACUUUGA